UAGGGGGAGAAAGUAGGAAAGUUGAGGUCUCAAGAUUACAUGAAGGGUGAUUUUAUCAACUGGCCUUCUCUUGUCCCUUAUCUUCUGUCGCAGGAGCUCAGUCUUCCAUUAACUACAGCUCCUCUCGUCACUGAGAAGGUUUGCAGUGCGUUAUAAAUGUUCUUCCUGGAGGAGGGGUAUACCCUGUGGAGUGAGUUAUCGGGCUGGAGGCCGCUGCUGCUCGUCAUGCUGCUGGUGGUUGGGGCCUUUGUCGUAGCUUUCGUCCUGCUGCUGUAUAUGGUCUCGCCGCUGAUCAGCCCCAAGCCGCUGAAACUGAGCGGCUCGCACGUCGUGGUGACGGGAGGGUCAAGUGGUAUCGGUAAAUGCAUUGCCAUUGAAUGCUUCAAGCAUGGUGCUUUUAUAACCUUGGUGGCUCGGGAUGAGACCAAACUUCUGCGAGCAAAGAAGGAAAUUGAGAAGCAUUCAAUCAAUGAUAAACAGGUGGUAUUGUGCAUAUCGGUUGAUGUCUCAAAAGACUAUGGACAAGUCCAGAGUGUGAUUAAACAAGCACAAGAGAAGCUGGGGCCAGUGGACAUGCUGAUAAACUGUGCUGGAACAUCUGUUGCUGCAAAGUUUGAAGAUGUUGAUAUUGGCUUUUUCAGAAGGUUAAUGGAGAUCAAUUAUCUGGGUAGUGUUUAUCCUACCCGAGCUGUCAUUCACACCAUGAAAGAAAGAAGGAUGGGAAGGAUAGUAUUUGUAUCAUCCCAGGCAGGACAAGUGGGGUUAUUUGGAUACACAGCCUAUUCUCCGUCAAAAUUUGCUCUUCGUGGAUUAGCUGAAUCACUACAAAUGGAGGUGAAGCCAUAUAAUAUCUACAUUACAGUUGCUUACCCUCCUGACACAGACACACCUGGAUUUCAGGAGGAGAAUAAAGGCAAGCCUUUGGAGACCCAAAUGAUUUCUGAAACAUCAGGACUAUGUCAACCAGAUCAAGUGGCAAAAAUCAUUGUAAAAGAUGCUGUGCAAGGAAAUUUUAACAGCUCAAUUGGUUCUGAUGGAUACAUGUUAUCUUCUCUCACCUGUGGUAUGUCUCCUGUCACCACUAUCACAGAAGGUCUUCAGCAGAUCUUCACCAUGGGCCUCUUCCGUACAAUUGCGCUGUUUUAUUUGGGAAGCUUUGACAGCAUUGUACGCCGCUGCAUGAUGCAGCGAGGAAAGUGUGAAGGUUUGGAAAAGAAGGAUUGACCUCCAUUUGAUUUGGAGCCCAGGGAUCAGACUUAUAAAGUUGAACGAUUGAAGGAGACGUUUCGGUGAACAAUAGUUUUAUUCCUUGUCUCAAUGGCAUCAGGCAUUGGUUGUGGAUGGUGGCAGAAUAAUUCCAAAAAAUAGAAGCUACUGUAAUAGUUGUGUGAGGCUGAUGCUUAAAGUGGGAAUAUCCAUAUAAUUUAUAACUCCGGUAUGGACUGGCAGGAGUGCAUGUGAAAGAUUACAAAUCAUUGAGUGUCUAUUUUUUAAUGUAUUGUCUGACACGUGCUAUUUUUGUAAGUGACCCACUUCUCCCCUCCCUUAAUUAGAAUAAGUUAGGGUCCACUUUACUUCAUUUCUGUCUCCUUUGCAUUCACUGUUCCACUGGAAUCUGCAAAAUGAAUGUGUUUUGUUUUUGCCACAUUGGUCUCUCAGCUUGUUCAUCCAUCUUUAAUCAUCUCUGUUGCAAUUAAAAGUGAAUCCCUUUUUUAUUUUUAAAUUCCUAAAUAUGUGUGUUGUUGUAGUUUUGGAAUUUGAGUUUCAUCAGGUGUCCACUCUGAGGCAUUCACUAAUCAUUAGCAUUUAUUCGGUCAAAAGCCCGAUUUUUGGGGGGCGGGGAGGGGGGGAAAGCAUUGUAAGUUUUAGUCUCAUGACCCUCUGCCAAUAAUGAUAUGAUUUGAAACUGAGAUUUAUUAAGCACUACUUGGUUGCAUAAAAAAAAAUUGAAUAAAAUACUUUAUAUUGCAGUUUUGCUUUCCUGUCAGGUAAUGGUAUGAUGCAUCACCCCAAAUUGCUGAAUAAGUUAUUUUCCUUUCAAUAUUGUUUGCAGACUUAAGUUCUCUGGUCACUUAGGAUAAAAAUUUGCUAGGACAUAAGGGAGUAAAAUCUUGUUAUCUAAAUAAUGCAAUAGGAUUUUCUACGACACUAUAGUGGCAUCUCCUGACUGGGAUUUGACCCAUAACCUACUGAGGCAACAGUGCUGCUGCUGAAAAGAGGAUGAUACCAUAUGGAACCACGAAGUGGUAUUCAAAGAAGACAACCUUGUAAUCUUUUAAAACAUUAAUUCUAUAGCAUGUAACUUAUUUAAAAUUUAGUCAGUCAGUUUUAAUAGAUCAGCUAUCUAUUUAGUAAUGUAUUUAAUUGGAAAGUUUUGUAAUUUAACCAGCAUAGUCAUGGGAUGUUAUUUAUUGUAUUCAUGGUUAAGAUCUUGCUUCUUCAAAACCCUUAUAUUAAAUAUAAAAUGAAGAACUUCAAUUUUAUAUAAUUUUGAACUGGUUUUGAGGUUAUAGGGGCCCUGGUUUUCAAAAUUAUAAAUACUACAUUGGUUCACAGAAAUGUUUUUUGUUUAGGAUUUACAAGAUUUCUGCAGUAUUUUACUUUUGAUGUAGCAUAGGCUCUCUGAAGUACCUACCUGCAGAGACACCCCUAAACAAGUUUCAAGGUUAAUUCUUCAAAACUGGACUGUGACAGAACCCUGUUAGUUUUGUUUGCAAUCCAGCAAAAGGGAAUUGAUUUGUUUUUCUAGUAGUUUAAUAAUCCCAUAAUUCACCUUUUCACAUACUUUGAAAGAAAAGGGAGAAAAUACUCAUUAGGUUAAUAAUAAUAAUAUGCCUGAUUCCUUGAACUAAAAUCUUGCAUAAUUAUUACUACAUUCUUGUCUCAUUACAUCUUUUCAAAACACUUAGACUUCUAACAAAUCUACAGAAUAUGUAUGUAUUUCAUACAACAGGCAAUGUGUUACAUUGACACUCAGAUCAAUAUAUUUGUGCACUCAUUAGCUGUACUUUGGUUUGUUAAACACACAUGAAUGAUGGCAUGGUAGGGCUGGCAUUAGAUGAUGUCCUUCUGCCUUGGGUCUUUAGCAUAGUACACGCUUUGCUGGAAUAUAUCCCACAGCACAAGCUCCUGCAGCAAAAAAAAACUGCUGGAGGAGCUCAGCAGGUCAAGGAGCACCCGUGGAGGCAAAGGGACAGUCGACAUUUCAGGUCAAGGCCCUGCAUCAGUCCGAAACGUCAACUAUCCCUUUGCUUCCACAGAUGCUGCUUGACCUGUCGAGUUUCUCCAGCAGUUUGUUUCUCUCUGGAUUCUAGCAUCUGCUGUCGCUUGUGUCUCCGCAUACUCCUGGAGCUUGGACCGUUCCAGUUGGCAGCACAAUCGUGAAUAUUUCCUUCUCCUGGAAAACUUUCAGGUGGACCACAGGGCUGCUCCCACCCAGUUGGUGUUCCAGCAACAACUGAUAUCGUCUUUAGUACUUGUCUCUGGGCAUGGCCAGAAGAGCACAGUUCUGUAUGGCUGAGCCAUUGGGGAUGAACCAGAAUACUAUAAUCAAUACGUCUCUUUCCACACCUGUAGUUAAUUAGGUAACAGCAAUUUGAGUUACCUCUUCCAGUCAUUAGAUCUUUAUUAUGAAGUUAUGGGUGUCUUUUAAGUAAAUGGUAUAAUAUGAUCAGUGAGUCUUAUUUGGGGCAUUUUCUGCCAUUUGUCUCUUUUAAGUCUUAAUAUUUCUAUUUAAGGGUCAAGAUAUGCUGAAGUAAAAAUUCCACACUUAAAACUAGAUAAUCUUACGAAGAGGAAGCAGUGGUGAUGAAUAAAUAGGAUUUUGAAUUAGUGAGAUUCUUUCAGUUAAUCUUGUAAAUUGUCUUCAUUAAUUAGGGAGUCUUUAGUUGGUUGCUGCUCUGCAAUUUCUUUCUCAAACACAUGCACCUUUUUGCUCCUCUUUGUUGUCUUUGAUGCCCUCUUUUUGUUAGGGGGAGAAAAAGGACACCCUUUGAACGCCCUCCUGGUAAUGUAUAUAAUGUCUCUCUUAAAUUGGCAUCCAGGUUGUCUAAUUAAACCAUUCAAGCACAUUGAUGUUUUUAACAUGUUGCCAGGACUUCGUGCAAGUUUAUGCAUGAAUGUAAGUCCAGUUAUAUUUUCAAUUAGAAGAUUGAGGGAGGGGUCUACUUUGCAUGUACUUGAUAUUCAUUCAGGCAAAAUUUUUUAACACAAACUAUUUUACUUCUGUUAGGUCACUAAGUACUAAAACAUUAAAUGUACCUGUAGUCACUUUCUACAUAGAAUACACAUUUAAGAGCAGCUGCCCCCAAUAGUUACACUUUGAAUAUUGGGAAAUGCCAGUCUGGUUAAGACAUUAGAUUGCUUCAUCCAUAUUGUAUGGCAAGAGUAAAAAAUUAUAUCGUGGCAAAGCAGCAACCUGUGGUUCCUCGUUGCAGUGAUAUCUAAAUAAAUAUCUGUAUUUGCUAAACCAUUCACUAUUUAGUUACAUUUCCUCAAACCUCCUUUCCCUAAGCUGUGAAUUAUUUAGCCUAAUAAAACUUGUAUCUUUUUUCAAUUUCUUCUAAAUAUUGUAAAUAAUCCAAAAAAAAAUGGGUUUUAUACUUGGUUAUUUUCCAGAUACAAAUGCUUUCAAAUUCCCUUUUUAUAUGGGUCAUGAACUUUGCUUGUCAAGGAGGCAGAAUUUAUAAGUUACUGCAUGUAGUUUUGGAAGUUGUUUGAUUUUGUCUUGUAGAAUAUAUAUCAAGCAAUGCAUUUUCUACAGAAACCUAGUGAUGAUCUAGCAUAGACUUUCUGUUGAUACUACAUUUGAGAGUAGAACUAUUUCUCUUUAGGGGGGUAACCCAAAACUCAAAGAAUCUAUCCAGUGUAUCAAAGUAAUUUUGCCAGAGAUGUGUGUUGCAGACUUACUCAUUUCCCCUGUGUGUGUAUGCAGCAUUUAUCAUGGAAUUUUUGAUUAAAUCAUACUCCUGCAAAUGGAAAGGAGAGAAUGGCAAUUAUAUUUAAAAAUAUUGUGCCUGCUGACAUAAACCCAGUACUGCAGAAUUCACAUUGGUUUCACAAUGAUUUCAAACCUGGGGACCCAAUUUUUUUUUUUCUUAUCCUGGGCCUGUCACGACCUUAAGUUAUUUCCUCCUGCUUCCUUAGGUUACUGUGUCAUGGCAUGUGAUUGGUUCCAAAGGCUCCUUCUAUGCUGCCUAUUACCAGCUCUGAUAGUGCACCACACUGAUUUUUCCUUCCUCAGAGGCUCCGGCAGUGAACUUCCAAAGAUGACCCACCAGUGAUUUGGGAUCUUGCCAGAGGAGAAAUGAAGAGGGAGGAAUUGUACUUAAAUCCCUUUGCUCCACUACAUUCAUGUACCAAAGUAUGGUUUAAACCCAGUUUGGCUCCCCAUUUACUUGUAUAUUUAUAAAAUAUGUGCAGUGGUGUAAAAUAGCAAUUCAGUUCUGAUGGUUUGUAUUCUUGGAGAAAACCCAAGCAAAAAAUCUUAGCUUCCUUAGACCUCACUAGUAACUGACAGUUACCCUGAAUAUUUUUGUAUUGUUCCAAAAAUAGACUGAAUCGCUGCUAUUGUUGGUAACCUUUUCAGAUACUUAAUGCUAAUGGUGUUUUUGGCUGUUCAAAUUAAAACUCUGGAUAUUCACUGUAUCUUGUGCUAAUUAAAUUAUUUAAUCUUUGUCAAUUCAGAUUUUUUUUAACAAUCCUUUUUUUUAAACUGUUCAUGACUAAAGCUUGCUAUUUAGAAGCACAAGAGUCUUUUAAGCCAUACUAAUGAUGAAUGUUAUUUGUGGUCAUUAAAUCUGGAAGCACUCAUGACUGUUAGAUUUUUAAUGUUUGUAUAGAACUGCAGUAUAUUAGGAAAGAUUAAUUGUCAUUCUCUGUGUGAAUUAGGUCUGCCUCUAAAACCUGCCCUCUAAUUCUGUAAUUGCUGUUUGUACCAGGCACUGUUCUAGUCUUUUAAUGUUUUCACCUGUUCAUGUUCAACAGUCUAGCUUUGUCAGUUAAAGUCUUGAAUUAUGGUCUAAUAAAAUAUUUAUUCUUCCACUUAGCAUUGGUGGCAUGUCAUUUCAACUUCAGACCAAUUUCAUAAAGGGAAGAAACAUACAAUUCAUUGCCAAGUGUUUAAUGUUUGGAUCAGAACUACAGUACAAGUCCAUGGCUUUCAACGCUUUGUUGUUUCUCUCAGUCAUUUGUUUCUUUUAACUGCUGUUUGCACUAGAUGUCGGUCAAAUGAUUUAACUUUAUCUGAACAAUUUUGGGAA